UGUAAACUCGUUUGUAAUGUUAAAUGUUGAUGUGUGAUCGUUGAGUAUUCGCGAAGAUCGUACUUUUGUGUUUUGAGGAGAGAUGUUAUGACGAGUCUUUGUUUUCUGAACAUCUGAUUUUCUAUUUAAAAGAAAAUUGUUAUUGCUCGCGCGUAGAAAUACGCUGCGAUUCUAAUUCAAUGUAUUUUUCCAAAGCAUGAUCGUGCCAAUAGGUGUUAUUGCAAUAUUUAGGUGUUUAUAUUGUUUAAGCUGUGUGAAUUUCGUAUUAAUAAUGAGAUAGUGGAGUGUCGUGAUGUGGUUGUGGAACAUGUGGGGAGCCCUGUGGACCCUGGAGGUACUGUCCCUGGUCGGAGGAGGCGCUGCGUCACCAAUGGACCCUGGGUUACCAAUGUCGCGAGGGAUGUCACUAUCGCCCUUCGUCCGACAUUGGCAGCCUGCGGAGUACCAGCCAUUGGCGCUGCGCAAGCGCAGGUCCGCAUCGCCUCCUCCCCCGCGCUCCACACCCCUGCGUCUCACCUUCAAUGCGCAUAACAGGGAAUUCCGACUUCUCCUCCAGCCCAGCCCAAGUUCAGUGUUCACAGAAGACGUCCAGUUCCAUUCCACUUCCGGCCCUCUUGAUUACAAUACCGCGCUCGUCUACUCCGGGAAGCUAGAAGAUGAUGAUUCAUCCCACGUUUACGGGGUGAUAACGUCUGAUGGUUUGUUCGAUGGAACCAUAUGGACUUCUUCUGAAGAAUAUUACGUGGAGCCGCUUUCUCGGUAUAAUGUAGAUCAUCCGACCAUGCAUAGCGUUAUCUACCGACGCUCAGACGUAGAACACCCUCAUAGCAAUCGAGACGCCACACAUUGUGCCUCACAUCUUCUACACAUAAAAGGAACGAUUGGCCAAAGCGGAGAACUAUUCAAUUUUACAGAAGAGCUUACUCUCACAGACAUUCCCUUCACCAACUAUUCAGAUGACCUUACAACCGAAAUCAAUAGACGAAAGAAACGAUGGCUUCCCGAUGACGAAAUGCAGGACGAUCAGCCAAAGAAAAAUCCUGAUCUACCUUUAGAUUUAGACGUACCAUACUCUAGUAACAGUGACCCAUUCGACAAAUUUAGUACGAGGAAACCGAAGACCAAAAUCGAUAAGAGUAACUUAAUAACUAAAGUGCGACUCGAUUCAAUAGAAGAAUCAAGACCGAAGCCAAAGACUCACGUGGAGGUGAUAAAGACUAAAGCAGGAGUAGUUACAGUUAGCAAAGACAUCGUGAAGAAAGAGCCGGUUGGGUAUACAAUAUUAUCAGCCAAUGCAACUGACGAUGGAAGGCAUGUAAACAAGAGAGCGACAGUUGAUCCUAGGAAGACAACAUGCCUAGUGUAUUUACAAGCGGAUCAUAUGUUUUACCAGCGCUACGGUUCCGAGGAAGCCUGUAUCGAAGUGAUGACACGCCAUGUGCAGAAAGUUAACGCCAUAUAUAAAGUAACAGAUUUCAACCAAGACGGAAAGCCAGACAAUAUAACGUUCAUGAUAAAAAGGAUAAAAGUUCAUACUUUAGACGCACUCAAGGAUCCCGCAUAUCGGUUUCCCAAUAAUUAUGGAGUUGAAAAGUACUUGGAACUUUUUUCAGAGGAAGAUUACGAUGCGUUUUGCCUCGCAUAUAUGUUCACAUACCGUGACUUUGAAAUGGGGACACUCGGGUUAGCCUGGACUGGAGAUUUGAAGAAUGCCGGGGGUGUUUGUGAAAAAAAUGGUCAUUACCGGGGCAGUAUGAAGUCGUUAAACACGGGCAUCGUGACGUUACUAAAUUACGGCAAGCACGUGCCGCCCGCUGUCUCCCACGUGACUCUGGCUCACGAAAUUGGACAUAAUUUUGGAUCUCCGCACGAUCCAGAGGUCUGUACCCCUUUUGGAGAAGAUGGAAACUACAUAAUGUUCGCACGAGCUACGAGCGGUGAUCGCAAGAAUAACAAUAAGUUUUCUCCGUGUUCUUUAAGAGCUAUAGAUCCUGUACUCAAUAAUAAAGCUCGCUCGCCCAAAGGAUGCUUCACAGAACCGCAGCCAGCCAUCUGCGGUAACGGUGUGGUGGAGGAGGGCGAAGAAUGUGAUUGUGGCUGGGCAUCCGAAUGUACGGACGUGUGUUGUCGUCCGCAGGCCGUACGUCCUCACUACAAGCCGUGUACGCUCACGGAACAUAGCGUGUGCAGUCCUAGUCAGGGUCCGUGCUGCACAUCUUCAUGUACACUCAAAUUUGGGGAUAAAUGUCGCUCUGAUAAUGGAUGCCGAGACGCGGCGCAUUGCGACGGGAAGCGCGCUGUUUGCCCCUCGAGCAGACACAAGCCCAACCGGACCAGAUGUGACAAGGAACUCGUCUGUUUUAUGGGGGAAUGUACUGGUUCCAUCUGCCUCGCUUAUGGCCUGGAAUCAUGUCAAUGCGUACCUCGUAAAGAUGACCCUCGAUCAGCCUGUGAGUUGUGUUGUCGCAAAACGGGAGGAGCCUGCCUAUCCAGCUUCCAUUGGAACACACCGCCGUAUGAUGUCCCGGAUAUGUAUGCGAAACCGGGAACCCCUUGCAAUGAUUAUAAUGGCUACUGUGACGUAUUCCAACGUUGCCGUGAAGUAGACCCGUCAGGUCCGUUGGCGACUCUCCGAAAACUCUUAUUGUCUGAUGAAAGCAUUGCCGGCUUCAAACGGUGGGUCCUCCGCCACUGGUACGCCGUUCUGCUCAUACUCCUUGCUGUUAUUGCUCUCCUGGUGGCGAGCACCCGGUUUCUGGGGAGGCACGCUAAGAAGAUGAAGUCAGUCACAAUCAUCCACUCAUCAACCACAGAAACCGUCCGUCUGCCUGAUGCCGGCGACCAGAUGAUAGUUCAUACGGCCGUCAGAUCCAAACUCCCUCUUAAGAAGAAGGUUGCACUUCGCACUCGAGCAUACCGCAGUAAGAAGGAACAGACUAACAAACAAGGAGACAAGGCGUCGCCUGCGCAUGCCGCUAAGAACAACAAGAAGAGAAAACCACCGGCCCAGCCCAAACUUGAUGAAGUCAAGGUAGCAAAAGAAGCUACUGCCGUUGUUACAAAUGCCGAAGGGAAGUCUCCUAAACAUGUUAUAUUAUCGAAACAUAAAGGAAAAGUUAAAAAGAGGAAGCUCAAAGUCAAAAAAGAAACCAUAGAUUACAGCUCGAUGCAGAAACAUCCUUCUACUCCUAUUAAGGAUAAUGAAGCUUUAUCUAAAGUUCAGAAAUGGCUGCUCAGCUCCCCCCAACCCACAGUUAUCCCUAAGUCGAAAUCUAUACCUGUCAAUUUAACUGAAAGAACGCAUCGCCAAAUCUCAAAAGGAUCCAGGAAAGCGAGGCCUUCAAAAAGUGCAACAAACCUUUUCUCCGGAGAGAAAGCUAGAUUACAAGUAGUUUUCAAACCUCCAUUUAGAUUUAGCGUAAAAAUUUGUAAGAGCGAUAAAACUAAAGUCGUUCUAGAUAAGUCGUCGAAGCCCGAACUAGAGAGGAAACGUCACGAUUCCCUUCCUCAGCAGACCUGUCCAGCCGAUUCGGGAAAACCAAACCUUAUCUCUAAAUUGAAAUUAUCCAAUUCAAUUAAAAAUAGUACAGAACAUACAACGAAUUCCCAAAACGCAGGCAUACAGCAAGAAACCGUUCACGGUUAUGAAAAUCUCCUACCUCGCAGUGUUAGCGAUUGCAAGUUGUUAAAGAAACCGGCCGAAGUCAAAGUACGAAGCGGGCACAAGAAAAGUAAUUCGGUUGGUCAGAGACGCGAUACGACGGAGAGUAGACAAAACCUAAUAUCGCAGGAAGAUUUUGACAACGCUCACGUUUACGAAAACGUGGUAUUGUCGCAGGACGCCUUCGUCCCGAAAAGUUGCAGUAUGCCGCGCCGUCAGAACUCCGCUGUCAUCUCCAGACAGAGCAGCUACGGCCAUCUACCUCGAGCACAGAUCCGCCCACAUAGACAUAGCACCAACAACGUCACGCGAUCGCGAAACAACAGCAGCGGCGAACUAGAACACUUUUAUAACGUGAUCGAGACGUUGCGGCGCGACGCCAACCCUUGCGACACUAACACCAGUAGUUCGUCCGGUAGUACCGCGCGCCCGGGGAAAACGCGUCAGAACAGUCUAGUCGAUCCGUCGAAGCUCAAGCGGCAGAUGAGUGAGGUCGAGCUGGAUAAAAGUAAACUCAGGGGCUUCCAAUUAGUGGUGGGAAAGGAGAAGCUGAAGCGUCAGAUGAGCGACAACGAGUUAGGUCGGUCGCGGCCUCAGUUGGCCAUGCCGAUGCCGAUGUCGGCGGGCGCAGAGCCACGACCCGCGUUCUGCUUCAAACGCGCCAGCCUCGACUGCGAAGCGUCUCUUCCGGCACGGCAAAAGUCUCGUAGCUCCAAACGGACGUACACGUUUGGGGAACUCAAGAACACCGUCCCGAGUGCCGAACCGUGUCCGUCGCCGGCCGACGGCAUUCACAUCUCGCCCGAGGAAUUUUUGAAAAUAAUCGAUAAUUAAAAUCCAAGUAGCGGUAAGCCGUGUAUAUUGUUAGUUCGCGUAUAUUGCUAAUGUAAAUAUUGUACUUGCUUUUAAUGUUAAGGAACGACCCUGCCACUGAAACGGACCAUUGUUUCGAAUGUCCCAUAUUCCUUUGAGAUAUUCUUAUACAAUUCUAGUUUUUCAUAAAGAAAAAUAAACAUAAGCUUUUAAAUUGAAUAAUUUAUCAUCUCAUCAGAUUUUUUGCAAAUCAAUAGUAUAUUUGGAGACAUUUAUUUAUUUGUAUCAUACGUAUUUCGUUUGAAAUUUGUUUUAGAAUUAACAAUGGUCGCGUUUCACUGUACGAUCUCUAUAAAUGAAUCUCUAUUUUUUCUACAUAACCUAUUGUACAAAUUGACUCAUACCUAUUAUAAUAUGUAAAGUGUUCAGAUAACAUUAUCUCUAUAACUAUUACAGUGUACGUAAACUUUAUUUUACGUAUAAAUCAUUUAUUUCUCCUAAAAAACUUGCAAAUAUGUAUCUUACCGCUUUAAAUCUUUAUAUUUAUCUAAGAAUGUGCUGAGUACAAUAAUGUAUAAUACGCCCGAUUGCAAAAUGAUUUUUUCUUUUUAAAUCUGUCAAUUAAAUAUGUCAAUCCGUUAACAACAUAAAAUAUUUUAUAAUUACAAAUGAAUAACUUAGAUUCAUUAAUUGCUAUAACGCCAAUUAUUUAAUAGUGAGAUAAAAUGUACUUGAUUAAUACAAGGCGAUUUCAAGGGACUUGCUCAAAACAAUCGUAUUUUAAACAUCGAUUUGAAGACAUAAUCUGUCUUUUACCACAUUCUCGUUGAUAUACAAUUAUUUUGAGCAGGAGACCUUUUAAAUUAAGCAUAUAGAAAACUAAGCGCGUAGUAGUAAGUCAUAACUUAUAUUUUUCAAUAACGGCGAAAUCAUAAUUUAACUUUAUUAAAUCCAUAAACUAUUUUCUCUAUUAUUGCCAGAUGUCUAAAAAGACUUUAUUUUUACACUUGUAUUAAUCAGUACUAACGAUAUUUAAAGCUUUUUCACAAUAUUUUUCUAUAAAUUUUAACAGAAACAAAAUUAAUACAGCUUUUUGCGUUACAAAUAUCUGAGAUGGAAUAUUAUUUAAUUCGUGUAUUAGUGGGACAAUAUUAUUUAGUAUUUAGACGAGUAUUUUGAACUCAAUUAGGUAAGGAAUUAUGAAUUGAAAUAUGCAUUUAAGUUAUUGUAUUCCCGCCUAAUUUUAAAAGCUGACGAUAUGUGAUAGUCCUGUUGUAUAAAAUCCGUUGAGGAUACAAGGUAUAUAGGUCCUUAUGUAUAUGUUCAUAGAAUGAAGUAUGUUUUUUUGGCAAACUUCUUGAAUGCUAAACAUGCUAAAAUGUUACUUAUACGCUCUUCUUUAAAUUGCAAUUUCCCGUGUAAAAAUCAAAUCAAUAAGUUUGCCAUGUACCAAAAUUAAUUUAUUUCUGUCUCAGGUAUUGAGCAAAUGCGUUUAGGAUUGACGUGGGAUGUCGCGUUUUUCGGCUAAUUAAUGCGUCUAUGAGCUUUGUAAUAGGAGAGUAAGGGUAAAUUUUAAAAAUGAUACUCAAAGUAUUGAACGUGUUACAAAUUUGUAUUUUAAAAUCGUUUCUUACGGGUACCUACUUAGUACUAUACGUUUGAGUAGAUUGCUUCAUGUUUUAUUAGCUCUAAAUAACGUGUAAAACUUCUUUGUCCUAUGUAAAAAUAAUGUUAUUAGAAGUGCGUAUUCCUUAUAUUUGUUUUCCAGUAUUUUUAUAUAUUUUAGUAUGUGAUUGUUUGUCGUUUUUACGACUGCGAUGUGUUUAAUGACUUUGUAAAUGAUAUGUACGUAAUUGUAAUAGAAUUGAGUAAAAUAUUCGAUCGUUUAUAGGUGACGAUACAUUUAUUCUUAUUCUGAACAGAUUACAUUUUAAUUAAAAAAUGAAUUCGAUAUUGGUUCAAAGUGCCUUAUGAGCAAAUUAUUACAUUCCUACAAACAUUCCACGUAAUUUUAUGGUUUUAAAUGACUAAAUAGAAUUAAUUCAUAUUCCAUUAACAUUUUCGUAAUUAUUUCUAUUAAAUAAUGAAUUAUUGUAAAGCCCCUAAUAUGCAUAUAGUAUAGUAUAGUUAUUGUUUCUGUACUUACAAUUUAGUCUGUGAUAGAAUAUUUUUCAUGAUCUUUUUUUUGAAUCAACAGUUAUUAUUUGAUUUUGAUUUAUUAUAAUUAAAUACAA